AUGGCUGCACUCAAAGCCCGCGUGGCAGCCGCUGUCGGCGCAAGCAGGGCAAAGGGUGGCUUGAAUGUUGGACUGCAUCCCGCCCUGGAAGAUUUGGGCUCCUGGAAACCAGCUGGCAAGUCAGACACGACAAAUGGCCAAUCCCACUCAUCACGAGGCUCACCAUCGCAUACCAAUGGAUUCGACAGAGGAAGCGCACAAGAUUCACACGGGAAACGGCUGAGAGAUGGGCCCAACCCAUAUUUCGACGACAAGGCGGCUGCGCAAGAACCGACUGGGAGGCAGCGGAUGCCUCGACAACUGGCGUUCAACCAGAAAGGAAAAUACAUACAGCAGGGCAAUGCUUUGCGUCGACAGGCGGCCCUGGAGGCCAUGAAACGGCGUAUCGCGGAGCAAACUCGCAAAGCCGGCAUUGACGAGGAUCUUGACGUGGAAAAGAAUUUUGUCGUGGACGCUCCCCCAGAUGUAGAAUGGUGGGAUGAAGGCCUAGUGGAUGGGCAGACCUACAACGAUAUCGACGACCCUUCGAAGCUCAAAAUCACGACUCCUGAUAGCAUAGUGACCGAGUACAUCCAACACCCGGUUGCACUCGAGCCCCCUCAGGAGAGACAAGCUGUAACGGCAAAGCCCAUGUACCUGACCUCGAAAGAACAAGCAAAGAUACGACGCCAGCGAAGAAUGGCCGAGCUCAAGGAGAUGCAAGCCAAAAUCCGACUUGGACUGGUGCCGGCACCGCCACCCAAGGUGAAGAAGGGGAAUCUCAUGCGAGUGCUGGGCGAUGCUGCUGUCAAAGAUCCCACCGCCGUUGAGGCUCGAGUAAAUCGAGAGAUUGCCGAACGAUACGAGACUCACAUCGAAGCCAACGAGGCACGGAAACUGACAAAGGAGCAAAAGCACGAGAAGAACGCGGCAAACCAGCAACAAGAUGCCGACAAGGGCAUUCACGUCCUCGUAUUCAAAGUGACAAGCCUCGCCAAUGGCCAGCACCGCUACAAGAUAUGGCGCAACGCUGACCAGCUGGCACUCUCUGGAACAUGCAUUAUGCAUCCCAAGUUUAGCUUGGUGAUUGUGGAAGGCGGACAGUGGAGCAUUAAGAAGUACAAGAAGCUCAUGCUGAACCGCAUCAACUGGACAGAAAACGCUCAGGCAAGAGACCCCGAGAAAAAUAAUGUGGCUGGGCGAGACUGGUUAUCGCCAGAGGACUCCAAUGGAGACUUGAAGGACAUGUCUCUGAACGAGUGCAAGCUAGUAUUCGAGGGAGAGCAGAAAGCGAGAGGCUUCAAGAAAUGGGGGAGCAAGAUUUGUGAAACGGAUGCAGAGGCGAGGGAAGUUUUGGCUCGCGCAAAGAUGGACAGCUUCUGGUCUCUAGCCAAAGGCAUCUCAUGA